CUGACAUAUCAUGGUGAGUAUAAAAAAGAAAAGAAAGUAGGUAGUUGGGAUAUUUUUUAUAGAAAGCAUGAUGAAAAAGAGUUUAAAAAGAUGUAAAUCAUAAUAUGAUCAAAUAUUUUAGUGGUGGUGGGUCUUAUAAUGAAGAAGAUUAUAGUAAUAAAUUGGGAGAUGGGUUGAGUUGAAUGAUGUGUUUGAUAAUUAUUCAUAAAUCACUGAGAAUGGUGAAUACAAAAAUGGUUAAAGAGUGGGUAAAUGGAAUAUUCUUUAUAAAAAGCAUGAUGAAAAAGUAUUUAAAUAGAUGUAUCUGAUA